AUGGCCUCUUCGAGUCGACGCUGGGCUGUUCGCAGCAGAGCACUGCUCACACUGCUGGUAGCAGGCUGCGUCAUCUCUGUGCUGCAAUCUGCGCACGCCGAACAGGCUCCCUUUGUGCCGACACCAGACUCGGCCGCUGCAUCACCUGGCACGAGCGACGCCCCCGACCCCGACUACACGCCACUGCAGGCAUACGAGCAAGCACUUCGCCUUCUCCGCAGUACCAUCAGGACCAAGCCGCUGCGUACCAAGGCUGGUAAGGGUGCCCCUCAGUCCAACGCUGCCGAGGCUUCAAGCUCAUCGAGCUCGGCCGGCUCGCCUGAUGCCGCGGCAUCCACCUCUACCUCGCUGCGGCGAUGGAUUCAGGAGAUCUUUGAUGCCGCUGCUGAUUCAGUCUCGGAUGCGAGCCCAGCCAAGAUCCAAAGCAGGAUCCAAGGUGUCAGCUCGUCAAAAGGCGACGGCGCGCAUCGCUGGCAGGGGCCUCCGCUCGGCGCGUCGCAGUACGAAUCGCAGUGGCCCAGCGCUCGCACACUCACGCUCUGGCCAGACUGGGAGACGCUACCAGAAGGCACGGCGCCCAUCAGCCCCUCCGAGAGCGUAUGGGAGAGCAUCAUGUUCGGACCCUUCGUCGGCGGGUCCAAGGCACCUUCAGACCUCAGCUUGUCCGAAUCGUCCUCCGCACACGAAGAGGAGCAACAGGCCGACAAUCCAGAUCGCAGCCAGGCAGUCGCACUGCUGACCCGCGCGGGCUGGGGUAGGGAACGCGUCGACUGGGACUACGAAGCCUAUUCGCCUGCUGCUCGCGACGCAUCUGGCCUGCUUCGAUCCACCGCUGCCGGAGAGACGGCACCUGCACUUGCCGACGCACUCUGGGUGCUUGCCGAGCAUUCGCUGUGGGGCACCCAUGGCAGCCGUCCCAACCUCGCUCGUGCGCGUGCAUGCUACCAGCGUCUAGUCGAUUGGGGCCACGACCGUAGCGGUCUCUCUGCCUCAGGCAACGCCAGCGCGCAUGCGCGUCUGGCCUUCCUCGAGGGCAGUGGCUGGGAGUCGACGGUGCGCGGCGACUGGAAACCGCUCUCGGACCAGCUCGGUUCGUGGUCGACGUUUUCGGCGUCUCCGUCGGCCGACGAUGUGCGAGCAGCUUGGAAGCGCAGACGCGAGCUCUUCGCGCAGCUGAAGCAGGACGAUGGUCAGCGACAGGCCAAAGCCGUGCUGCACUACACGCUCGCUGCCAAUGCAGGCCAUGCACCCUCCCAGAUGGCGCUCGGCUUCCGCUACAAGGCGGGCAUCGGCGUCGCGCCAUCGUGCUGGACCGCGCUGGAUCUGUACGAGAAGGCGGCGCUCGACACGUACAAACGUUUUCAGCAGGGUCCGCCUGGCGGACUCACUCUCCCCUACACCAAGAUUCGCGUCUCGGACCUGGACGGCGGCGCGUACGGACCAGGAGCGUCGGUCGCCUCGACUGGAUAUGCCGCCAUGAAGCCGGCGGUGCAGGCGGCGCUGAACCGCCAGCCAGGGUCGGCACGCGACCCGUCGGCGCUGGAAGACUUGCUCGAGUACCACGUGUACCUCGCCGAGCACGGCGACGUCAAGAGCAUGCUCACCAUCGCGCAGGUGUACUACCACGGCAGCAUCUACUCGUCGGGCGAUGCGGCGGGCGCCGUGCGUCGCGACUACCGCCGCGCGCUCCAGUGGCUCUUGCGCGUGGCCAAGGAGGUGUGGCCGCGCAAGGCGGGCGAGGUGGGCCGAGGCGGGCCCACGGGCUACACGGCCAAGCCAGGCGACAAGGGUGAGGAUGUGCAGCUCAAGGCGGACGACGGCCUGCUCGCGCAUGCCGGCACGGCGGCGGGCAUGAUCGGCAAGAUGUAUCUGCGCGGCGAGGGGGUCAAGCAGGACUUUGCACGCGCCUGGGUGUGGUUCUCGCGCGGCCAGACCACGGGCGACCUCGAAUCGUACAACGGCCUCGGCGUCAUGCUGCGCGACGGUCUGGGCACGCCCAUCGACAUGGCCACCGCCGUGUCGUACUUCGAGGCCGCCGCCAAGGUGCGCCACAGCGGCGCCAACGUGAACCUCGCCAAGAUCCACAUGGACAUGGACGACGUGGACAGCGCGAUCAAGAGCCUCACGCUCGCCGUGUUUGGCGAGAGCCGCUUCGAGGCGGUGUAUCUGCUGGCCCGGAUCAAUGCGCAGAUGGCGCGCAAGGCGCAUUCGAACGAGCAGUGCCGCGCGGCGUUGGCGGGGUACAAGGAGACGGCGGAGCGCGGCGACUGGUCGACGCGCAUCUCGCACAAGGCGGAACACGCGUGGCGACGGGGCGAGCGGCAGAAGGCGCUGCUGAGCUGGGCGCUGGCGGGCGAUAUGGGCUACGAGUCGGCGCAGAACAACGUGGCGUACCUGCUGGACCGGGCGCACUCGCGCACACGCCUGCUCGAGCUGCAUCCUACGCCCGACGAGCGCCACAACUUUACGGACCGGCUGGCACUGGUGCACUGGACGCGGUCUGCGGCGCAGGCGAAUGUGGAUGCGAUGGUCAAGAUGGGCGACUACUACUUCCACGGCAUCGGGACGGGCAAUCCGGGCCAGCCGGCGUACGAGAAGGCUGCGGCGUGCUACUCUGCCGCUGCGGACCGCGGAGUGUCGGCACUGGCAUACUGGAAUCUGGGAUGGAUGUACGAGAAUGGCAUCGGGGUCGUGAGGCAGGACUUCCACUUGGCCAAGCGGUACUACGACAUGGCGGUGGAGACCAACGAGGAGGCGUACCUGCCCGUGGCGUUGAGUCUGGUCAAGCUGCACAUCCGCGCGCUGUGGGCGGCAGCGUUCCGGUCGGACUCGAGCCAGAGCGCCAUCUCGCUGCUUUCAUCGUAUACGUCGACGGACCGUUCGAAUGCAGCGUAUACCGAGGCGGACGAGCAUGCAGCAGCGACACAGAAGCAGGCUGAGGACAACCAGCGCCACAUCGCCCAGGAGCAAGGCGGCGGAUACGGCGAUCCGAACGAGCCCGAGACUUGGGCGGCGCGGGAUGACGAGUCGGACGAGGAUCUGGACGACAUGAUCGAGUCGGGCCUGCUCAUUCUUGCGCUGGGUGCACUCGCCUACCUUGCCUACAUGCGCCAGAACGUCCAGCUCCAGCUGCAGCGCGAGCGGCGUCAACAGGCAGACGACCAGCCGCCCCAGCCUCCCAACGACGCAGACCACGGCCGCGCGCAAGCCGAACCGCGAGCGCAUCAGCCGAACCCAUGGGCUCCGCUCGGCGACGAGCCCAAUGCCGCCGCCAACUUGAUAGCCGGGCUGUAG